UCCCUCCCUCCCCAUUCCCUGCCUUUCUCUCUCCCUCUUUUCCUCCCCGGCACCUCCCGGCCCUGGUGGGGGGCCGCCUCCCCUGGCUGGCCGCGGGCGGGGUGCCGGGAAGCGGCAGCCCCCUUUAUUCCCCCGCGGAAACUUUGGCCGGCUUGGAAGGGGGAGGAUGGAGCUGGCGGAGGCCGUGGCGUCCCCCCUCAAUUGGUCCCGAGAUGAGGCAGAGCCUCCCCGCGGGGAGUUCAACCUCUCCGGGCUGCCAGUGACAGAGGGGAAGCCCUUCUUCGGCAUCGGCAUCGAGAACUUCAUCACCUUGAUCGUCUUUGUGUUGAUCUUCGCCAUGGGGGUGCUGGGCAACUCGCUGGUGAUCACGGUGUUGGCAAGGAGCAAGCCAGGCAAACGCCGCAGCACUACCAACAUCUUCAUCCUCAACCUGAGUAUCGCUGACCUGGCCUACCUGCUGUUCUGCAUCCCCUUCCAGUCCACAGUCUAUGUGCUCCCUACCUGGGUGCUGGGUGCCUUCGUCUGCAAGUUCAUCCACUACUUCUUCACCGUCUCCAUGCUGGUGAGCAUCUUCACGCUCUCGGCCAUGUCAGUGGACCGCUACGUGGCCAUUGUGCACUCCCGACGCUCCUCAGCCUUGCGUGUUUCCCGCAACGCACUGCUGGGUGUGGGGCUCAUCUGGGUGCUCUCCUUCGCCAUGGCCUCACCUGUGGCUCACUACCAGCGCCUCUUCCACCGUGAGGCCUCCAACCAGACCUUUUGCUGGGAGCAGUGGCCCAACCCGCGCUACAAGAAGGUCUAUGUAGUUUGCAUGUUUGUCUUCGGAUAUCUGCUCCCGCUGCUGCUCAUCUCCUUCUGUUAUGCCAAGGUUCUUAAUCAUCUGCAUAAGAAGUUGAGAAACAUGUCAAAGAAGUCAGAAGCAUCCAAGAAAAAGACAGCACAGACUGUGUUGGUGGUGGUAGUGGUAUUUGGCAUCUCCUGGCUGCCGCAUCACGUGAUUCAUCUCUGGGCUGAAUUUGGAGUUUUCCCACUGACUCAAGCCUCCUUUCUCUUCAGAGUAACAGCACACUGCCUGGCUUACAGCAAUUCUUCUGUGAACCCGAUUAUAUACGCAUUUCUCUCUGAAAAUUUUAGGAAGGCCUACAAACAAGUCUUCAAAUGCCAGAUAGGCAACGAGUCACCUCUGAAUGACGCCAAGGAAAAUAGAAGUCGAAUAGAUACACCACCGUCUACCAACUGUACACAUGUGUGAACUUUAAAAAGUCAUAAAAUGUUGACUUCUCAUUUGUAUGAACCAAACACCUAGAAAACAAAGCACAAUGAGCUUUAUCCUGGGUUUAUCUUGAUGAAGCUAUUCAGUAUGUAAUGGACUGAAGUUGCAUUUGUAGUGAAAGUUUGUGAAACUGGUAUGAAAGAAAGAUCCUUUGCAUCUUAGCUUUGUCAAAUGAAGCUCUUGGACCUUUAAAAGAUACUUGAGAAAAAAUGUUGGAGAUAUGUGUGUGUCUAAGCACAUGGUGUGUAAACAUUCUUGUAUACAAGAAGGAAACGUUGACAUGGACAAGUAACUUUCUGACAUCUUACUCCAUAGAAGUGAAGAGAUGGCUAAAU